AUGGCAAAUUUUGAUUGUGCUGGAUGCCCUAACGCACUAGAUAACACCAUGUCAUUGCAAUGUCGCCGAUGCAAUGAUAAAUAUCAUGUUGCGUGCACGCGAAUUACAAUGCAAGACUUUAGUGUGAUGAGCUCGGAAAUGAAAAGUUCAUGGAUAUGUGACGUAUGCAGAUGUAAACAACCGAGAGGAGAUCACUCCAACACACCAGUUCGUAACUCACCAAUGGAAAUGGACUUCGUAACUCAGCGUGUAAAAAGUCGUUCUACUUGCUCCUGUUUAUCGGCUAACAAUGUAAGAGAAAUAAUCAGAGAGGAAUUACGCAAUAUUUUCAGUAAUGAUUUACACCCUAAAAUUCAGGAAAUAAAACAUACUCUUGCCUCAUUUGAAACCUCCUUGUCGUCAUUAAGCCAGGAUAUAGAUAAAGUUAAAACUGAACAUGCAAAUCAAUCAGCACAAAUGCAACAGAUUAUCAAGGAGAACGAAACUCUGCGAGCAGCUAACCAGACUAUCAUAACUCGUCUUACACAACUUGAACAGCAGACACUGCCUGGAUCAAGUUUAUGCUUGGGAAUUUUGUCAGACCAGAAAUUCUCAUCUCUCGAAGGAACAGUGUGUGAAGCUACACUAAUGGGAAUUAAGGACAUGGGUUUCACUACUAUGACAGAAAUACAGGCUAAAGCCAUUCCACCAUUACUAGAAGGAAGAGAUCUUGUGGGUGCUGCAAGAACCGGGUCAGGGAAAACCCUUGCAUUUCUAAUACCAGCCAUCGAUCUUAUAUACAAAUUAAAAUUUAAGCCUAGGAAUGGUACUGGGGUAAUCAUAUUGUCGCCUACAAGGGAACUUUCAAUGCAAACUUUUGGUGUAUUAAUGGAAUUAAUGAAAUACCACCAUCAUACUUAUGGGUUGGUAAUGGGAGGUGCCAACAGAAGUACUGAAGCACAGAAACUAUCAAAAGGUAUCAAUAUAUUAGUGGCAACACCAGGCCGUCUGCUAGAUCACUUACAAAACACACCAGACUUUUUGUAUAAAAAUCUACAAUGCUUGGUAAUUGAUGAAGCCGAUAGGAUAUUAGAAAUUGGUUUUGAGGAAGAAGUCAAGCAGAUUAUUAGGCUAUUGCCAAAACGCCGACAAACUAUGUUAUUCAGUGCAACACAGACUAAAAAAACUGAGUCGUUGACUGCAUUGGCAGUUAAACAUGAGCCUAUAUAUGUGGGAGUGGAUGAUCAUAGAGAGCAGGCAACUGUAGAUUCAUUGGAACAAGGUUACAUUGUAUGCCCAUCAGAAAAACGCAUGAUGGUACUAUUCACAUUCCUAAAGAAGAAUAGGAAAAAGAAGGUUAUGGUGUUCCUUUCAACUUGUAUGUCAGUAAAGUACCAUCAUGAACUGUUCAACUACAUUGAUCUACCUGUCAUGUCUAUACAUGGUAAACAACAACAAGCCAAACGUACAACAACAUUCUUCCAAUUCUGCAAUGCUGAGAGUGGUAUUCUUUUAUGUACCGAUGUAGCGGCCAGAGGACUUGAUAUUCCAGCAGUGGACUGGAUUGUGCAGUAUGACCCACCAGAUGACCCUAAGGAAUAUAUACACAGAGUGGGCAGAACAGCGCGCGGUCUCGGUACAAGCGGACACGCCUUGUUGUUCCUGCGCCCGGAAGAGUUAGGAUUUCUUAGAUUCUUGAAACAGUCUAGAGUCACAUUGAAUGAAUUUGAAUUUUCAUGGAAUAAGGUCGCCGAUAUUCAGCUACAGUUGGAAAAACUAAUAUCCAGAAACUACUUCCUCAAUCAAUCUGCAAAGGAAGCAUUUAAGAGCUAUCUCCGUGCAUAUGACUCGCACCAUCUCAAAACUAUAUUCGAUAUAGACACAAUUGAUUUAGCUAAAGUGUCAAAAUCAUUUGGUUUCACUGUUCCACCGGCAGUGGAACUAAAAGUAACUAGUAAAGGUCCAGUACAAAAACGAAAAGGUGGAGGUGGCUUUGGAUACUUUAAAACAUUAAACAAGCCGCAGCACAAGAAAGACGAGAAAACAAAAAUAUAUAGACAGAAAGGAAAUAAUAAGAGAUCUGUCAGU